CACGCACAUUGCGCGUCAGCUGUAGCAUUGCGUCCUCGUGAAUUUUGAGGAUCGAGAGUUUUAGCCAUUUUAAACCGCCAUAAGAACGUUUGCGACCCCGAAAUGGGCAAGCCAAGGAGCAAGGCGGAUCGCCAGAAGGUCAGGAAGGCGGCGCAGCACUGGCACAAGCGGGGAUCGGCGUCCACAAAGGCUUCAAAGAUCCUGCUUGAGCUGGCGGCCAAGGAUCUCCGUAGGGACGCCGAUCCCGGCCCAUCGAGCACGGUCCAAACACUAGACACAGCGGUCUCCAGCACAAGUUCCGAAAUGCCGAGAACAGCGGUGCAGCAGAAUGGCUUCAGGAAGAUGAGGGACCCCAAGCCCAAGAACUCGGUCAAGGAAAGGAAACGCAAGGCCAUGCUUAAGAAGAAGUUGGAUUGCGAACUGAUAACAAAGCUGCUCGGCUCCAUAAAAAAGAAGUACAAUGGCCAGAGGAAUCCUCAGAUCAAGCGCAGACUGGUCUUCCGCAGCAAAGAAUCUCCCGUGAAGAACCUAGUGCUUCCCAAACCAAAAUUCUACAGACCGCAAACGGCCACUGAAAACUCUGCCACAACCGUGAACGACACCAUUGAAGAAGGGGAAAUCGUGGAGGAGUUGGUGAGCAGCGAUGAUGACGAUUGCGUGUUGCUGGAGACCCCGAACGUCUCCAUAAACAUCGAGGAUGACGAAGAGGAUGAUGGAGCACCCGGCACCAGUGAUAUGCUCUUGAAUAAUAUUGUCGAGGAUUGCAAUGGCGAGGCUGCGUUGCGGGUGAAACCCAAGACGGAAAAUCCAGUGUUGUACUCUACGGUCGUGAAAACGGGCUCCGUGGAGUCUGUCAUCAACUUGGAUGAAGAAGUGCCCGAAGGAGGGCCAAGUCCAAUUGUUGACAACAACGAUUCAGUAAUAUUCAUAGAGGACACUACCGGAACAGCAGAUUUCAUCCCAAUCCCAUCGUACUCCCCGCCGCCGCGGAAUGGAAAGAAGAAAAGGAGGAGCGCCAGGCUGGCGGAGUCUCCCAGAAGGAAGACAGCACGGAUGAAUGACAGCCUCUUCACCACUGCCGAAAAGAAGAAGCUCGGAGACUAUAAUAGCAACACAUUUAAUCCCUCGGAGGAGGCGGGAGAGACCACUGACAAGCCAAAAACGAACAAGAGGUCCAUUAUCAUCGAUGGCAGCAAUGUGGCCUUCGCCCAUGGCAACUCGAACAUCUUCUCUUCCGAGGGAAUAAAGUAUUGCUUGCAGUACUUUGAAAAGAUAGGGCACGACGUGAAGGCUGUGAUUCCCAUGUUUCGGAAAAACAACUACAAGUCAUCGAAUCCAGAGCUGCUCGACAAGCUGCACAAGGAGGGCAAGAUAGUCUUUACGCCGUGCAAAAACAUUCCCGGCCAAAUGUCUUCCAGCUACGAUGAUCGCUUCAUUUUGCAGCUGGCAUACGAAAAGAAUGCUGCCGUCGUUUCCAACGACAACUACCGAGACCUGAUUGAUGAAAAUCCUGCCUUCAAGAAGAUCGUGGAGAAUCGCGUCCUUGGCUACUCGUGGUGCGACAACAUAUUUAUUCUGCCUAAAGAUCCUUACGGCCGCUGGGGACCCACACUCGAGGAAAUUUUAAGAUGCUAGUGCAUAUAGUUAGUUCUUUAGAAAUCUUAUUCUAUUUAUGAAAAUUAGUUUAGUUGCUCGUGUUCAGUUAACUUUCUUUUUCUGACAUCUUUAAAGUAGAGUUUAGUUUGUGGAAACUUAAAAAUUAUUUUGCGGCAUCCACAGAAUGCAUUGCAUCGUUUUCAACUAGUUCAUUUUUCUAUACACAUCUCUGUAUAUACGUUUUUUGCUUUAUUUGUUUGCCUGAUAUUCUCUCAAGUAGUUGGUCUGAACUCAAAGAUUAUUAUGAGGCGCUUACUCAGCUUGCAUUGAAUAGUUUUCAAUCAUAAAACUUUAUUUGUUAUGCCUAUCUGUGUAAAAAUCAAAUGUGCCGUGUUAUUUUCAAAACAAUGUAAAAUCCCGCACUAAAGUAUGCAAUUUUUGAGGAGCAGUUUAUUUACAUAAGCAAAACUGUACAGGCGUUUCGUAUAGUGUAUAAAUAAGAAUAAAUGUAAGAUUCCUCAGAA